UUACAUUUUUAAUUAACGAUGCCAAGUACUUGUUGUUGUGUACCUGGAUGUCAUUUAAGAGGAGGACAUACAUUUCCAAAUGACUUAAAAAGAAGGAAAAGUUGGAUCAAAGCCAUGGCCCAUACACAGAUUGGACGAGAACACGAUGAAAUCGUGGAGUCCAUCUCAAUCAGCUGUUGUUAGCAAGGCACAUUUUACUGAAAAAGACUACGUGCAGGAAACUAUUCAUGGGCUCAAACCCACCAUACAUAGACUUAAGUCUACUGCCAUUCCCAGCCUAUUUUCCUGGACCAAACAAGAGACUGAAUCGUCCGCAAAAAGAAAAAUCAGGGCAGUUUCCUGUGAAAACAAAAGAACUAAACUUGAUGAAUAUUGUAGUAGAAAUCUAGAGGAAAGUUUUGAUUGUAAAGUUGAUUUUCCUGAAGAAGUCAUUCAUACUGCAGAAAGGAUUUAUGACUGUCCACCACCAACUGCCGAGCUAAUGUUGAGCUUCACAGAUGGAAUUACGCAAACACCAUCAAUGCCUAUGUUUUCAGCAGAGAAUUUUGAAAUGAAGACACGUGACACAGCCAUGCAUUUUUAUACCGGUUUAGAGUUGUAUACUAAAUUUUUAUUUGUUUUGACCACACUUGGUCCAGCAGCACAUUGUUUGAGAUACAUAUAUUUUCAAAUUGAAAGGGUGUCAGUUGAAAAUCAGUUAUUUUUAUGACUUUGAUGAAAUUGAGGCAUUAUACAACCAACUUUGAACUGUCUAGAUUCUAGAUUGAAUCUAGUGUUAAGAAUAUUGUGUAUACAUGGAUUGUUUUUAUGUCUAAACAGUGGUGUGAGGCUAACACUUGGCCAUCUAGUGGUUUAGUCAGGUAUUUUUCGCCAUCCAACUUCAAAUUAAAGUUUCCUACAACUUGGAUUAUUAUUGACAGCACAGAAUAUCCCGUGAUAAAACCUAAGGCUCCUAUAGCUCAGGCAACCUUUUCAUCAUAUAAAAAUAGAAACACUGAAAAUACUUGUAUGUUCGAC